AUGGACGCUCUAAACUCCCAAUGUGUACUAUACACCUUUCCCGUCGCAGCCGUGAUUGCGCUCGUCGCGCUGAAAUGGCUGUCCGAUCCGCUGAGAAGGAUCCCAACCGUCGGCGGGUCGUCGCUCCCCGGACUAUCCUACUUCUCCGCUCUGCGUUUCCUCCACGAUGGGAAGAUCGUGUUAGCUGAGGGAUACCAGAAGUACUAUGGUCGCCCCUUCAAGGUGGCCACCCCCGACAGGUGGGCGGUCAUCGUCAGCGGCCCCGAGAUGACGGAAGACCUCCGAACGCGCCCGGACGACGAGAUGUCUUUCUUGGAGACCGCCGAAGAUAACUUGCAUACGCACGCGACCAUCGGGCGCCAGUGGAUCGACGAUCCGUACCAGUUCGACCUCGUGCGCGGGAAGCUCACGCGCUCGCUGCCCGCGAUCGUUCCAGACGUUGUACAGGAGAUCUCUUUGGUCGUUCCGCAGUUCAUCCCCGCCAAGGGCGACGAGUGGGCGGCCGUGACGAUGUUCCCGACGGCGCAGAAGAUCGUCGCGCGGCUCAGCAACCGCGUCUUCGUCGGGACGCCGUUGUGUCGCAACGAAGAGUUCCUGGAUCUCACCAUCCAGUUCGUGCGGGAGAAGUUCCCGUUCUUCUUGAAACCACUGGCGGGGCUCCGAUCGGGCCGCGUGAAAGCCAUAGUAGAGCGAGCGGUCACUCUGCUCGCUCCCAUCGUGGAGCAACGGAUGGCUGAGCUCCAGGAACACGGCGCCGACUGGGACGACAAGCCGUACGCCCGUUCUCUCUUCUCCUCCGCGUCACGCAAUCUGACCCUCGCGCCGUCGCCCCGCGCAGAACGACAUGCUCACUUGGAUCCUCGAGGAGUCCAUCCCACGCCGCACGCCCCUGGCGGAGAUCGUCCAGCGCGUGCUCAUGCUCAACUUCGUCGCGACGAACACGACCUCGCAGAGCGCCACCCACGCGCUCUUCCACCUCGCCGCGGACCCCGCGCUGCUCGCCCGCUCCGGGCGGAGGCCGCCGCCGCGGUGGCCGCGCACGGCUGGACGAAGGCGGGCCUCGGCCGCCUCUGGAGGCUCGACAGCCUCAUGCGCGAGUCGCAGCGGACGAACGGGGUCUCCCUCUUGUCGGUGAUGCGCAAGGCGCUGAAGGACCUCACGCUGCGGGACGGCACGUCCGUCCCGCGCGGGACGCUCGUCGCCCCGUUCCGGUGGGCGGAGAUGCGGGGGGAGGACGCGGGCGAAGGCGUGAAGCACCAGUUCGUGAACACGUCCCCGCUGUACAUCCCGUUCGGACACGGGCGGCACGCGUGCCCGGGGAGGUUCUUCGCGGCGACGCAGAUGAAGGCGCUGCUCGCGCACUUGAUCGUCCACUACGACAUGGAGAUUGUCGGUGGGGCGGGCGGCCCGCGAACGAGUACUUUGCGGAGUUCGUCAUGCCCGACGGCACCGCGCAGAUCAGGUUCCGCGAGCGGCGGGAUGUUCCGGCGGGAGUCGAUCCUGACUUCGUGA